AUGUCUUUGUCGACUAAUUUUCCACAUAAUAAGAAGCGAACACUGUAUGUUGGUGGUUUUGGCGAGGAGGUUAAUGAGAAAGUAUUGCAAGCUGGCUUUGUACCCUUCGGCGAAAUUGUUAGCGUAUCCGUCCCAUUGGAUUAUGAAACGGGCAAGCAUCGUGGGUUUGGAUUCGUGGAAUAUGAACUGGCGGAUGAUGCUGCCGCAGCAAUAGAUAAUAUGAAUGAUUCGGAAUUGUUCGGGCGAACAAUUCGAUGCCAUUUUGCUCGACCGCCAAAGGCAAAUGAAAGAAGCCAAAGGCCAGUAUGGGCAGAUGACGAAUGGCUUAAAACUGUAAGUUUCAAAUGCACUGGUAUUGAGAAAAAAAAAAGUUUUGCUGAACAUGAAGAGAUUUUUACAGUGUUGUCGCUUGAAGCUGUAGGUCAUGCACUUGAAAGUGACUUAAGUUUCAAAGGAACUUCAGUAUUUCCAAAUUUUAUUGGUAAGGGAGUAGCAGUUGGUAGUCUCACAGCAGUUGAUGAUGAAACUCCACCUAAUUUAUGUGGCUCUAUUGUAGUUGAUGAAAAUACUAUUCUUGGUUGCAAGUAUGGUACUGGAGAGGGCACAUCGAGAGAAUCUGAUCAAAACAUCGAUACAGUUUCUGAAGAGCCAGCAGUAGGACCGGUUAAGCUAUCGCUUCCACGGGUAUACCUGGGAAUCAGAAUUGGAAUCAGGUAUAUAGGAAGAAUAGUAAUCGAAUUGCGAUUUGAUGUAGUCCCAAAAACAGCAGAAAAUUUUCGGCAACUCUGUACGGGAGAAAAGGGUUUCGGUUACGAAGGCUCACAUUUUCAUAGGAUAAUUCCUCGUUUUAUGAUACAAGCAGGGGAUUUCACGAAGGGAGAUGGAACAGGCGGAAAAUCAAUAUAUGGUUCUAAGUUUGCGGAUGAAAACUUCAAGUUAAAGCACACUAUGGCUGGCGUUGUUUCAAUGGCAAACUGUGGACCCGAUACGAAUGGUUCGCAGUUUUUUAUCUGCUCUGAAAAAACGGAUUGGCUGGAUAAUAAGCAUGUUGUUUUUGGGCAUGUUGUUGAAGGGAUGAAUAUUGUCAAACAGAUUGAGCAACAGGGCAGUAAAAGUGGGAAGCCUAUGAUGCAGGUGACAAUUGUGGAAUGUGGUGAGCUGAAGGAAAUGAAAAGUAGCGUGGGAGAUGUGGAAAAUUUAUAA